AUGGUGCACUGCGCCGGCUGCAAACGGCCAAUCUUGGACCGGUUUUUGUUGAAUGUACUGGACAGGGCUUGGCAUGUGAAGUGUGUUCAGUGCUGUGAAUGUAAAUGCAAUUUGACAGAGAAAUGCUUUUCCAGAGAAGGCAAGCUUUACUGCAAAAACGACUUCUUUCGGUGUUUUGGGACCAAGUGUGCUGGCUGUGCCCAGGGGAUCUCCCCCAGCGACUUGGUCAGGAGGGCGAGAAGCAAAGUGUUCCACUUGAACUGUUUUACUUGUAUGAUGUGUAACAAACAGCUCUCCACCGGCGAGGAGCUCUAUAUUAUCGACGAGAACAAGUUUGUCUGCAAAGAAGAUUACCUAAAUAACAGCAAUACUGCCAAAGAGAACAGCCUGCACUCAGCCACAACCGGCAGUGACCCCAGUCUGUCUCCGGAUUCCCAAGACCCUUCCCAAGACGACGCGAAAGACUCGGAGAGCGCAAACGUGUCAGACAAGGAAGCUGGCAACAACGAGAAUGAUGAUCAGAACCUGGGGGCCAAGAGGCGGGGUCCCCGCACCACUAUCAAAGCCAAACAACUUGAAACUCUGAAAGCAGCCUUCGCAGCGACCCCCAAACCCACCAGGCACAUCAGGGAACAGCUGGCCCAAGAAACCGGGCUCAACAUGCGAGUCAUACAGGUGUGGUUCCAGAACCGGCGCUCCAAGGAGCGGCGCAUGAAGCAGCUAAGCGCGCUGGGGGCCCGCCGGCACGCCUUCUUCCGCAGCCCCCGCAGGAUGAGGCCGCUGGUGGACCGGCUGGAGCCCGGGGAGCUCAUCCCCAACGGGCCCUUCUCUUUCUAUGGAGAUUAUCAGAGCGAGUAUUAUGGCCCUGGAAGCAAUUAUGAUUUCUUCCCACAAGGACCCCCUUCAUCUCAAGCUCAGACGCCAGUCGAUCUCCCAUUUGUGCCCUCUUCUGGGCCAUCAGGAACUCCUCUGGGUGGAAUGGAUCACCCAUUACCCGGACACCACCCUUCCAGUGAGGCUCAGCGCUUCACUGACAUAAUGUCCCACCCACCUGGAGACUCACCCAGCCCUGAGCCCAACCUGCCAGGUUCUUUGCACUCCAUGUCUGCAGAAGUUUUUGGUCCAAGUCCUCCGUUUUCUUCAAUAUCCGUCAACGGUGGUGCUAAUUAUGGCAAUCACUUGUCACAUCCACCAGAAAUGAAUGAAGCAGCUGUGUGGUAG